CUGAUCUCACGUAAGUUUCAGUCUCUUGACAAGUUGAGCUCCAAGCGGACACUCGUGUGUGUGUCUGCGGGACAGAGGCGGGACAAUCCUCGGCAGUGUUCUGAGACUGUACCCCCCCCCCCUCCUCGAAGCCCCCCUCGACCACCGGCUUCAGGAGCUCCGGAGCACCGGCGAGCAGCGGCAGCAGCAGCCCGGUCCUGUAGCCUCUUCAGCCGGCCUGACUCUGUGGACUUACCCGCUGUCUCUGAGUUUCAUUACUGGGACUCUGAAGUUGGACUAAACCAUCGCGGGGAUUAAACCAUUGAUUUGUGCAGAGAAGGAAACAUGACUGGAGACAGAGAGAAGAAGAGGGGCAGCUCGGAGCGUCGGAAGGAGAAGUCUCGGGACGCAGCUCGAUGCCGACGCAGCAAAGAGACGGAGGUUUUCUACGAGCUGGCUCACGAGCUGCCGCUCCCCCACAACGUCAGCUCCCACCUGGACAAGGCCUCCAUCAUGAGGCUGGCCAUCAGCUUCCUGCGCACACGCAAGCUGCUCGCCACAGGCAGCAGCAGCAGCAGCAGCAGCAAGGACGGCGACGAGGACGGACAGAUGGACAGUCAGUACCUGAAGUCUCUGGAGGGCUUUGUCACCGUGGUAACAUCAGACGGCGACAUGAUAUUUCUGUCCGAGAACAUCAACAAGUUCAUGGGGCUCGCACAGGUGGAGCUCACUGGGCAGAGCAUCUUUGACUUCACACACCCAUGUGACCACGAGGAGAUCAAAGAAAACCUCAGUCUGAAGACAGCUGGCAGUGGCUUCGGUAAAAAAGGCCGAGAGCUGAGCACCGAGCGAGACUUCUUCAUGAGGAUGAAAUGCACGGUGACCAACAGGGGGCGCACUGUCAACCUGAAGUCGGCCAGCUGGAAGGUGCUGCACUGCACCGGCCACCUGAGGAUGUACAGCAGCUGCCCCCCCCGGACGCUGUGCGGCUUCAAGGAGCCUCCGCUCACCUGCGCCGUCCUGAUGUGCGAACCCAUCCAGCACCCGUCCAACAUCGACACACCGCUGGACAGCAGGACCUUCCUGAGCCGGCACAGCAUGGACAUGAAGUUCACCUACUGUGACGAGAGGGUAACACAGCUGAUGGGUUACACACCUGAGGAUCUGCUGGGUCGCUCGGUCUAUGACUUUUACCACGCCCUGGACUCAGAUAGUGUCACCAAGAGCCACCACAACUUGUGUACCAAGGGGCAGGCGGUGAGCGCCCAGUACCGAAUGCUGGCGAAGAGCGGAGGCUACAUCUGGGUAGAAACUCAGGGAACUGUCAUCUACAACAGUCGUAACUCGCAGCCUCAGUGCAUCGUCUGCAUCAACUACGUCCUCAGUGACAUCGAGGAUAAGUCCGUGGUUUUCUCCCUGGAGCAGACGGAGUCGCUGUUCAAGCCGCAUCACAUGAGCAGCUUCUUCACAGCAGGAGGCGCAGGUGUGACCGGAGAGCCUGGAGAAAACCUCUUCUCCAAACUCAAAGAGGAGCCGGAGGACCUGGCUCAGCUGGCUCCGACACCCGGGGACACCAUCGUCUCCCUGGACUUCGGUCGUCCUCAGUUCGAGGUGUCCACUGCAGCCAUGCUCCCUCCAGGACCCCCAUCCUGGGGCAGCGAGAGCCACAACCCCCCCGCUCCGGCAUCAGGCCAGACCUCAGUUCCGGUUCCUGGAGACCUGGCGAACAUGGCUGCAACUUUCACCGUUCAGCAGAACCCGGCGCCGGGCAGCGCCACCCCGAGCCUCAGCAGCUGCUCCACGCCGAGCAGCCCAGGUGAUUACUACAGCUCGGUGGAGAGCGACCUGAAGGUGGAGCUGACGGAGAAGCUGUUCGCUCUGGAGACCGAGAGCAGCAACAAGCCUGCAAACACAGAGAGGGACUUGACUGACAUGGACCUGGAGACUCUGGCUCCUUACAUCCCGAUGGACGGAGAGGACUUCCUGCUGCACCCCAUCCUCCCAGAGGCCGAGUCCCGGGAGGGGAGUCCAGCCCGGUGCAUGGGCAGCAGCAAUCCACAGACACGGAAGUCGUCCCACCAGAGCUUCAGCAACAUAACCAGUCUCUUCCAGCCCCUGUCCUCACCCCCGCACCCCCAGGGCCACUAUCAGGCCCGGCCAGCUGCAUCCUGGGCUCCGGGGGAGAAGAGGGGCUCCGGCCAGGGGACGUUGAACCCCCACGCGGUGCCAUACAUGAUGGGCCACAUGCAGAAUCCCCCGUACCAGGCCCCUGCAAGCACCCCUCUGUCCUCCAUGGGGGGCAGGCAGAACCUGCAGUGGCCCCCGGACCCUCUGUUAACCUACCAACAACAGCCCCAGGCCGCUAAGGCCUACCUGCUGGACAGUGUGUCCGGAGAGACGCUCCCGUCCUGCCAACAGGACAUGAGCCAUCACAUGCAGAAACAGAGGUCCAUUGAAAACUUUGGACAAGCCUACAGAGACAUGAGUCCAGCUAGAGUGGCCAUGAACAACAGCAUCAAGCGCUCCUUCACCCAGAUGACCGUGGGCGACCACAAGGCGUCAGAACUCAUGUGGAAGAAGAUGAGGGGUGAGAGCUGUGUCUCCAUGGAUCGCUCCCUCAGCGCAGGAUCCCUGGCAGAGCCGAGGAUGUUGCCCGGCAGCAUGUCGUCAUGUCUCAGCUCCCUGCAGCAGCACAGAAAGUCCCAGUUCCCAGGAAACGGGAUGGGAGGCACAAACCAGAACGUCUUCACACGCAAGAGCUGCAACUGCAGCGAUUAUAACCUGCUGCCUUCAAGCAAGGGCGAGGGUAUAGCUAGUCGUCUGCUCGGCCCCUCGUUCGAGCCCUCCUUCCUGCCCCAGCUGACCCGUUACGACUGCGAGGUCAACGUGCCGCUGCAGGGGAACCUGCACCUCCUCCAGGGCUGUGACCUGCUGAGAGCCCUGGACCAGGCCACCUAGAGCCCCAGACCCUAACCCCACCGUAGACCCAGACUUAACCCCAGCCCUGGACCUCAGCCUGCAGCCUGAGACUUACAUUUUACACCUCCGGGCCCCUGAAACCCCCGAGGCUAAGCUACCUAUAGGGAAUGUGCUCAUAACCACGUCCUGCCUUAUUUAGCUCCUUUCACCGACUCUCUGUCCACUCUGUAGAUCUGUAAACAGAAUCCACACGUGUCAGACCAUGUGGGUGAAAAAAGGUCAAUGUGGGUCAAUUUUCUUAAAACGAUGCCUGACCUGCGACGUGUGUUCAAACGUCUCCACGCCGUGAUUUCUCAAAGGUCAUAGGUCGACUCUGCACACAUGCGCAGGAUAAACUCGGGUCUUUUGGUGUAAACAGGGUAUUAGAGGUGUGAGAUUCUCACACACACACACAAUCUGCCUUAAAGGCCGACUGUCUGCAGCCACAGACACACAUGCACACAUGCCACAACCAGCCAUGUAGGCACGGGAUUCAAACCUACGACCUGUGUUUUAUCCGUCUCAUCCGCAGAGCGACACCCUGACAUGAACUCUAUGCACACUCUCAGUUUAUCUGACCAGCGUUAAGACCCAGGCCACUUGUUCGGCUCGGACUCGAGGCUCCAGCUGGAACAAGUGGAAUUGUAGCCAUUUUAAAAUCAAUAAGAACUGAGGAUUCUUUACUAAAUAUUGAUUCUGCUCGUUGAUUCCAAAAGACGACCUCUUCAUAAAUUCUUGACUCACAAUUACUUAAAAUUGUUGUUGAACUUAAAUAGUUGUUGUCACAGAUUUAUCUUGGUAUUCAUCCUGAUAGAAAAAUCUACUCAGAGGAGGCGACAUAUAUCGAAUCCAACUUUAAAGAGUUGACACGUAGCUGAAAGCCGAUUUGUCUCCGAUCUGGAACGUUUGUCAUCGUGGGAACUGUUGGGUUUCUCUAUAUUUUUAGAAGGUCUCCUCAAAGUGCCUUAUGUAAGUUAUGAUUUGGUGUUUCACAAAAUUUUUUUGAAAGUUCCAAAAUAUGACGUCAAGUAGAAAAACGUGUGAAAGAGGCUUUAGCUUAAUUUUUAUGGUAAUUAGACGUCAGAAGAGAUAAAACUUUUAAAUGAUAUGAAACUUUUAUCAUCUUUGGGACAAUACGCAAGUAACAAACGUUUUCCAGAAUAAAAUGUGUUUUUUAAGUUUUUUUAACAGUCAGAUUUAAUUUCUCUCUUGAAAAGAAUCUGGAAUCAAGAAGCCGGAUUCCAGAUGACGCCUCUCUCUGCUCAGGCUUUUCUCACCUUCACAGACAAACAUUUACAAACGGAUUCGUCUGCCUCUCGUCACCGUGACGUCGAGUUUGUUGAUUCACGACAGAAACUGGUGCACACGAUGUAAUUCAUCUGUUAAACACAUGAUGCAUGACUUCAUGUGUUUUAGUUAUUACAGUUCGACUGUUAUUGAACUUUUAUUAAAUCUGCCCACGUUUUUUCAUCCAAAGCGAAACUUUACCAUAUCAAUACUGCUUUUUUUUAUUUUCUUACUCUACCUACCAGAUUAUUUUAUUUUUUGUGUCUAUCUCAAAGACACACUAAUAAACAUAUAUUGCAAUACAAGUACUCUACUGUAAGUUUAAUAUUGAUAAGUUGUUGUUUUUUCUUCUUACCUCUCAGUCGGGUAAGUAGCUCGUGUGACUACAGGGUUUUUGUCUUAUCGUGCAAUUAUUAUUAUUUCAAAAUGUGAUAAAGUUGAUAUAGUCAGCAGCAAAGCUAUCGCCUUAUUCAUUUAACUCAUAGCAUGUACAAAAGCAGCCUGGUAGACACGCACAGGAUUAUGUAUGUUGCAGGAUUACACACAAACACACACACACACACACACACACACACACACACACACAUACCCACAUGUGUCACGCUAAACAGGAAACAAUACGAAACAGCAGGUGUGUGCACAGGAAGUGGGAGCUCUCCUGUUUAAAUGUGUCGGGCUCUUGAACUAUUCUAUAGAUUUACACGUUAUUAUUUAUCUUCAUAUUCUACAGUUUCAGGCAGCGACAGUGAGUGUCAGAAAAAAUUAGGAUGGAACAACACAAAUGAAAGAUUUCAAGUUGUCCUAACAACAAAACAUAACAGUUGUAUGUUAGUGAAGCACCUUCACUUUUCACAUUUUACACUGAAAAACCAUAUUUCCUUUCAUUUCCUCUGCUCAUGUCUCUUUUCUUGAGAAUAUAACUCAGAGCGUUGUCCUUUUUCUUCACAGAAUUGAGCAGAAACAUAUGUUUACCAAGUGCGUUUGAUUAGUGGAUUUGUAGUAAAUAAUCUAAAAUGUGCACCUUAAAUCCAGCUGCAGGAUAUUUAUUGGGGGGCGUUCAAGCCACUCGAGCCAAUCAGAAGAGAAUUAGAGGAGUCAGGAGGACGACUGGACCAAUCAGAGACUAAAACAAUGGUUUACCGUUAACGCCUCUUGGGUUUUUAGAUGUAAAAGCACAGGAGAGGUCACCGCUGAGGUCACCGCUGAGUUCACCGCUGAGUUCACCGCUGAGUUCACCGCUGAGUUCACCGCUGAGUUCACCGCUGAGUUCACCGCUGCACUAACCGUGUCAGUAGACUCACAAACUUAUUAGACCGUUAAUUGGGUGUGAACAUGUCAGAAUCAACAGCCUGUGAAGUGGAACGUUUGUAUUUUUCUUAGACGAUGACAAGAAUCAUGACACAUGAUAUUUACCACGCGAUGUUUUCACAUGUCGAUGAGUAACGCCUGCAGCUGUUCUCUCUCUCUCUCUCUCUCUCUGUGUUUCUCGCCCUUCUUUUGUCGUUGUGUGGUGACCACUUCUAUGAACUAUAGAGCUUUGUGCACAUAUAUGUUACGUAUUUGAAGCUAAUGUUGAAGAGUGUUUUUGUGUCCUGGUACUUUGUCCCGGAGCUGAUCCCUCGUCGUGCUCUUUCCUCUCGUGCCGUCUCCGUGUCGUGUUUUUAUUUUUUAUUCUUCCCUUCAGAGUUUUAUCCCUAAAUUUGUAUCCGAUCUGUUUGCUGGCCAGUAACGUUUUUUGCUCUUGCUUUGAAAUGCUCAGAUUUUUUUAAGUUUCACUAUCCAGAUAUGUAGCAUUUUGAAUAUUGUUAUGACGAUAAAGUUGCCACAUGAUUAAUCACAUCGUUUUCCAGUUGCUUGUUAGACCACGUAUGUGUCAUGUGCUGAACUUUUCUUCCAUCCGGUGGAUCCGCUGUUCUCUGCUUUACAUCGCUGAAAUGUUCUAUAUGGUUUAUUUUAAUCUUUAUAAUGUGCCUUAAAAUGAGGAGUUCACCCUUCAGCAGCACAGCUUGUUUCCUGCAACCUUUAGACGACAUCCUUCAUAUAUGAGGGGAGUAUUAUUGAAGAUUAUCCAAACUUAAUAUUGCAUCUUAUCUUAAAAUAUGUUAAAGUGCUAUUUUAUGGAUAAAUUGCAUUAAAUUUCCCUUCUUUUUCCCAAGAUUUAAUUUGAAUUUGCACAUUAAACUCCAGUCUACACUUUAACUGAACUUCCUGAAGUUUGUUUCACAGUUUUUUAACACAAUUAUCAUGAUAAUCGUCCCAAUUAUGAUCCACAAUUAGAGAUUCAGAGCUGCAGUUGGUUAAUCUUCAUAAUAAACCCUCAGGCUUUCUACUCAACAUCCUCCGUAGCCUCUUCACAGUGACAGUAGAACCCUCGUAGAUCUGAGUAGAACCCAUUAGAACCCAUCAUAGAUCCCCUGGUGAUGAAGAGUCAUUUUACUAAAAGGUUUCAAAGGAAAUGGAUUCAUUCAGCUCGUCACACGGCCGAACAGUCAGUGUGUUGAUGAAGCUGCUCGAGGGUUUUUAGGUUUAAUGGAAUAAAGGGAGAUUAUUUGUCAGAGGAGGCUGUAGAGCUAGAUCCAAGCACAUUUUAAGAAUCAGAAAAAACUAAUUUACCUGACUUGAACUCCACAUGAUGCAGAUCAAUAUCCAAGAGAUUUUAAAAUAUAUAUUUUAGGCAUAAUGAUGUGUUUGCACAAUACAUUAACAGUAUAUACAUGGGACUUUUGUUUUAUGCUAUAUGUUUUAUUGCCCAGUUUUAGUUUCAACCAAAGUCUCAGUGUAAGAAAUAAGUGAAAAACAAACUUAUGUUGCAUUUUUGUUGUGUCUAUAAUGAAGUCAGUGACACAAACUCAAAUUAUAUCCAGGUUGUAAGGAUUAAAGAAAUAUAUAUUUAGUAGGAUUAGAGAUGGUGUUAUGGUGAGAGGGAUGAGAGCAGAGAAACAGUUUGAAGAGUUUGAUUUUGAUGGAAAACUGAAAAGAGCUGAAGAGAUGAAUCCUGCUCAGUCUGCAAACUGACGCACAUCCCUUCACUCCUCUGUUUCUCCUCUCACUCCAUCUCACUAAACUAAACUAAAUUUAUUUGUUUUCUCUCAUGUGCAAUUACUUUAGACAAGGAGCCAUUUUUAAUAUAUAAGUUGUUCAUAUUUAAAAAAAUAAAAAGCCUGUAAAUGAAGCUUGGUUUUUAAAGACUUUAAAAUGAUCCCAAUUGGUCAAAUCAUCUUUUAUUUUAACUGUAUCUUUGCAUUGCAAUAUAUCGGAAAAAAAUUGUUCAAGUGCUAAAUGCAGUUUCUGGAGACGAAAGAGGUUUUAGGAAAAUGUUAAAAGUCUUGAAACACGCGUAGAAGAAGUACGUAGAACUGCAACACGGAUGUUUUUAGCUAAUUGUGUUCAUGUAUGUGUAAAGAGAUGGAGAGAGGAAAGUCGAAUUUCAAAAUAAAACUGUAGGCAGAGGAGAAGCCCCGCCCAUAUUUAGAGUUUUAAAAUCAAGAGCAGUUCUCAACUGUUCACAAAAUAAAAAAAUAACGACAGUUGAGAAAAUCUAUGACAAUGUUACAACAAGUGAAACCGAUGCCGUGGGCGGGGCUGAAGUUCUCUACUUAAACUCUAGAGGGCGUGUCACCAGUCCUAGUGCUCAUCAUGCUGUGCUGCUCGAAGGGUGUUCCUCCAAAAACAAGAGUGACAAUAAAAGGUUACAGGAUUUACUUUGGUUGUUCAUUGCUCGUCUACAAAUAUCAGCGUCUUGUCUUGUUUGGUUUUUCCUGAUGGGAUCCAAGUUCUGCUACAUCUGUUGUGAAACAGUUCUAUUAGCUGAUUCUACAUUUUUUUAAUAUGCAUAAAUAUCAUAUUGAUCUUAUUAUUAUCAUAUAUUGUUAUCAUUGUUAUUACUAUAUGGGGAAUUUAACCUGAUAAGAAGUUUGUGUUUCUGCACUGAUCUUAUUAUUAAAGCAUAACUGAUCUUACCCUCCCUCA